ACUUGGAUGCUCCAAGAAACCUGAAACGAGUGUCCCAGACAGACAACAGCAUCACUCUGGAGUGGAAGAACAGCCAUGCCAAUGUUGAUAACUAUCGAAUUAAGUUUGCUCCUAUCUCUGGUGGGGACCAUGUGGAGAUCACAGUGCCAAAGGGCAACCAAGGAACAACCAGAGCUACACUUACAGGUUUGAGGCCUGGAACUGAAUAUGGCAUUGGUGUGACAGCAGUGAGAAAUGACAGGGAAAGUGCUCCUGCUACCAUUAAUGCUGGCACUGAUCUUGAUAACCCCAAGGACUUGGAAGUCAGUGAUCCCACUGAAACCACCUUAUCCCUGCGCUGGAGAAGACCAGUGGCUAAGUUUGAUCGGUAUCGCCUCAGUCACGUUAGUCCUUCUGGAAAGAAGAAUGAAGUGGAGAUCCCUGUGGACAGUACCUCAUUUAUCCUGAGAGGGCUGGAUGCAGGGACAGAAUACACCAUCAGUCUGGUGGCAGAGAAGGGCAGACACAAAAGCAAACCCACAACUGUCAAGGGUUCCACUGCCAAGGAACCUGAGCUUGGAAAACUAUCAGUAUCAAAGCCUGGCUGGGAUGGUUUCCAGCUCACCUGGACAGCAGCUGAUGGGGCCUAUGAGAACUUUCUCAUUCAGGUGCAGGAGUCUGAGAAUCCUGAAGGAACCAGGAAUAUCACAGUCCCCGGUGGAGAGCGGUCAAUGAAUGUCACAGGCCUCAAGGCCAACACACCUUAUAACAUCACACUUCAAGGUGUGAUUCGAGGCUACAGGACCAACCCCCUUUCUGUUGAGACCACGACAGGACUGCACCCCGAAGUUGGUGAGCUAAUCGUUUCCGACAUUACUCCUGAAAGCUUCAACCUUUCUUGGACAACCACCAAUGGAGACUUCGACGUCUUUACUAUUGAAAUUAUUGAUUCUAACAGGUUGCUGGAGCCCAUGGAGUUCAACCUCUCAGUAGAGGAACCUCUCCUUAGCAAACUCACUGUAUCAAAUGCUACCUCAGACAGCAUGUCACUCACGUGGGAAGCACAGGACAAUGCCUUUGACCAUUUUAUUCUAGAAGUCAGAAACUCUGACUUCCCUUUGGACUCUCUGGUGCUCACAGUGCCAGGGACCUCCCAGCGCUAUGUAGUCACCAACCUCAAAGCUGCCACUAAUUACACUGUCCAGCUCCAUGGUGUAAUUGAUGGGCAAGGUGGGCAGACCUUGACAGCACUGGCAACCACAGAGGCUGAGCCACAGCUGGGCACGCUCACCCUCACAAACGUUACCCCUGACAGCUUCAACCUCUCCUGGACCACAAGAGAUGGGCCCUUUGCCAAGUUUGUUAUACACGUUAGAGACUCUUACGCAGCGCAGGAACCGCAGGAGCUCACGGUGUCGGGAGGCACUCGCAGCGCUCACAUCUCAGGCCUGCAGGAUUACACUGGCUAUGACAUUAACAUUAAGGGGACCACCAGUGCAGGUGUUCACACAGAGCCCCUCACUGCUUUUGUCAUGACAGAGGCCAUGCCCCCACUGGAAAACCUAACUGUGUCUGAUAUUAACCCCUAUGGGUUCACAGUGUCCUGGAUGGCAUCGGAGAAUGCCUUUGACAACUUCCUAGUAGUCGUGGUGGAUUCUGGCAAGCUGCUGGACCCACAGGAGUUCCUCCUUACAGGAGCCCAACGGCAACUGAAGCUUAAAGGCCUAAUAACUGGCAUUGGCUAUGAGGUUAUGCUUUAUGGUUUUGCCAAGGGGCACCAAACAAAGCCCCUGAGCGCUCUGGCCGUUACAGAAGCAGAACCCGAGGUCGACAACCUUCUGGUUUCAGACGCGACUCCAGAUGGAUUCCGUCUCUCCUGGACUGCAGAUGAAGGGGUUUUCAACAGUUUUGUUCUAAAAAUCAGGGAUACCAAAAGGAAAUCUGACCCACUGGAGCUGAUAGUACCAGGCCAUGAGCGUACCCAGGAUAUAACAGGGCUGAAAGAGGGCACAGAAUAUGAGAUUGAGCUCUAUGGAGUUAGCAGUGGACAACGUUCCCAACCCGUAAAUGCAGUAGCAACCACAGCUGUUGGAUCUCCCAAGGGAAUUUCUUUCUCUGACAUCACUGAAAAUGCAGCCACAGUCAGCUGGACACCUCCUCGCAGCCGCGUGGACACCUUCCGCAUCUCCUACGUCCCCAUCACAGGAGGUACUCCAAAUGUUGUUACAGUCGAUGGAAGCAAGACAAGGAUCAAGUUGAUGAAGUUAGUCCCAGGUGUAGACUACAAUGUCAGUAUCAUCUCUGUGAAAGGCUUUGAAGAAAGUGAACCUGUCUCUGGCACUCUGAAAACAGCUCUGGACAGCCCAUCAGGCUUGGUAGUGGUGAACAUCACUGAUUCUGAGGCUCUGGCAACCUGGCAGCCAGCAAUUGCUGCUGUGGAUAACUAUGUGGUCUCCUAUGCUUCUGGGGAAGGUAAGAAGAAACCAAAAGUUACUCACAUGGUGUCAGGAAACACUGUGGAGUAUGACCUGAAGGGCCUUCAACCUGCAACUGAGUACACACUGAGUGUCCACGCACUGAAGGACACACAGAUGAGCCAGAGCCUCUCCACCCACUUUACUACAGGACUGGAUGCUCCAAAAGACUUAAGUGCCACUGAGGUUCAGUCAGAAACAGCUAUGAUAUCUUGGAAACCUCCACGUGCUCCUGUCACUGGAUAUCUCCUGAUUUAUGAGUCCAUUGAUGGCAGAGUCAAGGAAGUCAUCUUAAACCCUGACACAACUUCCUACAGCCUGGCAGAGCUGAGCCCAUCUACCCAGUACAUAGUGAAACUCCAGGCACUGAGUGGAUCCCUGAGGAGCAAAACAAUCCAGACUAUUUUCACCACAACUGGUCUUCUCUAUCCUUACCCUAAGGAUUGCUCCCAGGCUCUCCUGAAUGGGGAAACCACCUCUGGGCUCUACACAAUUUACCUGAACGGGGACAAGGCUCAGCCUCUGCAAGUCUUCUGCGACAUGGGCGAGGAUGGGGGUGGAUGGAUUGUGUUCCUGAGGCGUCAAAAUGGAAAGGAAGAUUUCUACAAGAACUGGAAGACUUAUGUGGCAGGUUUUGGAGAUCCUAAGGAUGAAUUCUGGAUAGGUCUGGAGAACCUCCACAAAAUCACUUCUCAGGGGCAGUAUGAGCUACGUGUGGACCUGAGGGACAAGGGUGAGACAGCUUAUGCUGUCUAUGACAGGUUCAGCGUUGGAGAUGCCAAGAGCAGAUACAGGCUCAAAGUAGAUGGGUACAGUGGCACAGCAGGUGACUCCAUGACAUACCAUAAUGGAAGGUCCUUCUCCACCUUUGACAAGGACAAUGAUUCUGCCAUCACCAACUGUGCUUUGUCAUACAAAGGUGCUUUCUGGUACAAGAAUUGUCACCGAGUCAAUCUGAUGGGAAGAUACGGUGACAACAGCCACAGUCAGGGUGUUAACUGGUUCCACUGGAAGGGCCAUGAGUAUUCCAUCCAGUUUGCAGAGAUGAAGCUGAGACCCUCCAGCUUCCGAAACCUGGAAGGGCGUCGGAAGCGAGCGUAAAGGCCCAGGGGUGGCCAGGGGGCCAUGGGCAGGGUGAGGGGGGAGGGAUACAGAGUGUGGGGU